CAGUCACUGCUAGUGACGCUCAAUAUUGACACUGAAGUAGAUCUGCUUGGCAAAUGGACAACUCAUUACUGAAAAAGACAAAUGUUAAAACUUCUAAUAGACAUACUUCUUGUCAGUCUUGUGGUUAGUGGCUUAGCAGCAAUGUGUCAACACAAAAAUGGACAGUCAUUGUGUUCCGAAUCAUCUUUUAACCAAACACACAACCUGACAAGUUCUAUUGAUGGAACAGUGAAGGGAGGUGAAUCCAAGAUCACCAGACGACCAAGGGAAAUUAUUUCCCCAAGUACAACCACCCAUAUUACACACACUCUAUUCCUAAAGACCAUUCAGAGUGAGCAGCUUGUACAGAUAACAUCAACAACAACUGUCAAGGGAGAUAAUAACAAUGACAAAGAAAAAAUUCUCAACAUUGUCAUACCUUUUGUCAGCAUCAUGGGUACAGCAGUGGUGUUGGUAAUAGUUUAUCAACUGGCACGGAAAUACAACUGUUGCAAUAACAAAGAGUGCCUGGACAGGUGCUCUGCAUUCUGCAAUGCUUGCAUGGCAACCCCAUAUGUGUACCAGAACACUAGGCCCCAGGCUACCUCUCCAGCUGGCAGACCCUCUCCACACAAACAUGUGAAGCACAAAAGCAUUGAGCUGCUCAAGAUGGAAGCAGAGGCAAAGAGUAGAAGAAUCCGAGAAAACAGAAGAGGAUCUGGCUACAAGGUUAGCAAAGGCAAGUCUUCAGAGUCUGUGGUAUUAAACCAACCACAGAAAGUCUAGGUACACUGUUCCUCUAAUAGAUAUUACACCAGUUGACAAACUCUUGUUUUGGCAGAAAAUGUCCAUUAAGUCUGGUAAAGACAGACACUUAAGUCACUUUGCACAUUUGUCUGUUCAGUAUUGUGUUGACACUGUCACUAGCAAAGCUAUUCACUUACAUCAGAGUGGACACAAAAUCAACAUUACACCUGGUUUUUAAAUUUGUAGUGGACACUGAGAUUGCUAUCAUAUCUGUCCAUUUAAUUUGUGAUAGAUACUGAUUUCACCAUUACAUUUUUCAUAUGCCUUCACUAAGUACUGGAUGAUAAACACAGAAGUUAUUGUCAGACCUGUAAAUUUCAUGCCAGCUAUACUCUGAGUUUACUAUCACACCUGUUAUACUAAGAGUUUACCUUCACACUUCAUCAUCAAGUUUUUUAUUGAUGGAAAUUGAUUCAAUUAUCAACUAUUACAUUUUAUCCAGGAUGGAGACAGAUUUCAUCAUCACAUCUAUUCAUAAAGUAUGACAGGAACAGACAAUGAGGUUACUAUUGACUAUCACAGCUAUCCAUUUAAUCUGACAUAGAUACUGAAAUUACCGUCAAGCAUAUCUCCACCUCAUUAUGGCAUCGGGAUUGAUGUGUAACACUCAAUGGAUGCUCAUUUCAAAUUGUUUGUUGUAGAGCUGAUAUUUUAAUCUUUUAUUGGAACUUGAGAGCAUAUUGUUUAGUACUACUUAAUGCAAGCAUUGACCUUAGGUGUUUCUUUUCCCUUGGCUAUUCUUUUCAGCAUUAUUAUAAUGCAUUACUAUUGCGCUUUUUUAAUCUUCUCAAAAGCAGUAACCCUCAGUUCAUUAAAAAAAAUAAAAAAUUCUUGAACACUAUUUUGAAAUUCAGUUAAUAAUUUCAAAUUUCAUAUUCAUUUCAAUUCAUGCUGUAAACAACCUCAAUUCAUGAUGUAAACAAAUUCAAUUCAUGCUGUUAACUACUAAAAUGGCCAGGUAAAAAUUCUGUAUGGCACAUUGCCAGCUAAGUAUUAGCAAUUAAUUUUAUUUGUGUGUUUAGAUUUUUUUGUUCAUUUUUUUUUCUCUCUACUAAUGACUUUGUUGUGAACUUCAGUUAUAACUCCAUUCUCUUAUAUUAUUCUCAUACUAUUGCAAACAUACAUUGGUAUCUGCUGAUGUGAACUUUGUUACUUAACAAUAUGACUUGGAUCCAUUAAUGGUCUGUGAGCUGCUCACUUAUGUUGUGAAAGAUCUCCAAUUUUUUUUCUUCUCUAUUUCCUACCUCAAUCUCUAUAAUCGUAAAUCUUGCUAGAUAUUUUUUGAAGAUAAACAAACUUUAUAAAUACAAUAAUUUUGGUUUUAAAUAUAUAUAUAUAUAUAUAUAUUUAGAAUUUUUAAUUACUCUUUUUUUAAGCAGUGUGUGCUAUAAUUGCAAUACAUGCAGUAACAUUUGUAUUAUUUGACCAGCUCAACCCAUAAAUACUAUUUACAGUGAUGUUAGAGAUUGACUACAAAUUUUUUGAUUAGUGGGCAAUAUUUUAGAGCACACAACUUUAAAACACUGUUUGAUUAAUGUCAACCCUGGGAAGAUACUGGGCUUUGUCCGGGAGUUGGGUUUGUCUGCAAGGGUCUCAUUUGUGAUGGGGCACAGAAAUUGUGAAAAUAUAAUAUUUACAACAUAUUUUUAUUGAAUUAACAAAAUUUUUUACUAUUUUUACUAUCUUAACUGUAAAUGGACCUUAUUUUUAGUGACUUGGCUUUUACUUAGCUCUUGAGAUGUGAUGGGAGAAUGAACCUUGAGGGACUAUGGGCGCGACAUUGACUAAAUUGUGCUGAUUUGCCAAAAAAAAAAAUAUCAACAAAAAAAGUUGCUUUUUAGAAGUAAAUAUUUUCUUUCAUUUUGCAGUGUAACAAUCACAGCAAAUCUAAAUAUCUUGUAAAGAGUCAGCAUAUUUUAUAAAUAAUAUUAUAAAAACAUAUUUUUCUUAUUUUUAUUUUGAACACUCAAUCACUUUAUCUAUGUUUAACAGUAAUUAUCAUAACAGAAUUGUAAGUUAAUAGUUCCAUGUUUGUUUAAUAAAAUUAUUUGUAUGAAUUUUUUAACAUCCUUGUUACAACUUCUAGUUUCUUGUUAAAAUUUUACCAAAGAAAUUUUUACAUUCAUAAUUUCAUGCUUGUAUUGCUGAUGCAAAAUUUUCUGUGAUCAUUUGUUUUUUUUAAUUGAACCUAAACAUAGCAUUAAUUGAGUUCUGUUGUGUGUUUUUUUGUACUAUUUAUUGCCCUUUUUUCCUUUGGUCAUGAAAUUCAUAAGGCAGCUUUGUAUAUUUGCACAUUAUUUUGAAUUGUUGUAGAGUUUAGUAUUUUAAGGUAUAUGUAUAAUUUUUUAAAACGUUGUGAUGAUAAAAAAUGAAAUCUUGAAAAAUUUUCACAUUCAAACAUCAUUUACUGCCUUAAUCAAGAUGCAUGCCUUAUCAGUUUUCUAAUCAUUUUGACUUUUUAAAACAUUUUAUUUACAUAGGGGAUUACACGAUAUGGCAAUAAAACUUUAGGUUUAAUCAUCAUAGACAAUAGACACUGUAAUGGGUAUCUUUUUAAGGUCUCAAAAAUUUUUUUUUUUUUUCUCUGUUGGUUUGAAUUAAAAAUGGGUUAACACUGUCAACUCUCAAUGAAAAUUUGAAUACGCUGUAGCUGAGAGGUAAAGCACUUGGCUUCCAAACCAGGGUCCUGGGUUUAAAUCCUGGUGAAGACUGGGAUUUUUAAUUUCAGGAUCUUAAUGUUAAUCAGUACAGAUUUUGAUAGGCCUACUAUCCAAAAUCACUUUUUUCCUAUUGUGAGAAUAAAGUAUGAUAAUAAAUGCAGCUAAUUUAAAAUUUAUCUUCAAUUUCAGCUUAUAUUAGCUACUUUGUAACUAUUAAAUUUGUAUUCCAGAAGGAAAAAUGUUAUUAUAUAUUUUAGAAUUGUCUUUAUAUAGUUUGAUAUGUACACAAAUACAUUUUUUUCUUUAACCUCAUCACAGUAUUACUCUUUAGAGACAAUUGAAUGCUUACGCAGAGGGUGAUUUUUAUCACCAUUAGAUCAUUCUUGCUUUGAGUGUGAAGUCCCACUAAAAAACAAGAAAGGUUUGUUCAGUAUACUCACCAAGAAAGGUUUAGUAGUUAAUCUUUUGUUAUGUCUUUCUUCUUCAGAGAAGUAGACAUUUUCUCUCCAUCUUGUGCAAUUCUUUUAUUAUUUAUCUUUAUUAUGUUUAAUUAGUAUGCAUUAUGUUUAUAAAUGUUACUUAUAUUAUAAAGAAUGUUUUAUGUUCAAUUUUAUAGUUAUGGUAUUAAAAAAUAAGUAGUUAUAUUUAAUGUUUUAUAAUCAGCUUUGUAGUUUUUAAACAUUUGUAAUACACAUUUUUUUUGUUUUAUGUAGAUCUAAUCAUCAUUAAACUCCAUUUGAGUGAGGGCUUGAAAGGUUCAAAGCCUUUCUUGCAGAAGCCCUGGACUGAAACCCUGCUGUUUUACAUAGUGCUUACAUGUCACUAUACAGGAUGUGACUUUGUUGUUUCCCAGACCUGUCAAGACAGAGAUCAGGUUUCCUCUUCUUCCCCUGUGCUGUAAUAGUUUGCUCAGGCCUGGGCAGCCUUCACUACAGUGAAGUGCAAUCAGAAGUGCUCCCAGACUGCUGGCUUUUUGUUACUCGUCCAAGCACUCAAACCAUUUUUCCAAUUCUGUUUUUUUUUUAUUGUUGCCAGAGCAUGAUGAAUACUCCCAGCCUACUCGGUAGGUGGUGUUAGCCCUCCCUGGUGGGCCAAGGAGUCAGCAAUGGUGUUGCCAGUCACACCUAUGUGACUUGACACCCACUGCAUUGUUACAGGGAUGCCAUAGCGUUGGUUUAUAUUGUAUGAAGCCAUGAUAAAUGUGUCAAUAAUGGGGGGUCAUGGUCCAGGGAUUUGCAAAGCCUGUAGUUUUGAGUCAGUUACCACGACAAUCUGUGUUGCUCUCACAUGUCCCUCACAGAGCUGUGAUUCAAUGAGAUUCAAUGACUUUUAGGGCUUCGCAGACUGCAAUUGCCUCCGCAUCAAAACUGCAAACUCUACCACAUUUUAAUUGAGUCAGAGCCAAGAAACUCAAUUUAGGCUCCAUAAGCUGCUCUUCCAAAGUCUAUUGAUGCCCACCCAUCAGUAUAUGUAAUCAGCUUAAUAGUUGUUUUUUUUUUUAAUUUAGUUAUAAAGAAUAUUUUAUAAUCAGCUUUAAACAUGGUUCAUUUUUAGAAUAAGGUUUAAAAUGAAAACAAUAAAGGAUAACAUUGCAGAAAAAUAAUACAAUUUUUGACCUAUGAUGUGUAUCGUACUUAAGUACAGUGUUUAAAGGUUGAACUAAUACUUUUUUUUAUGAUAUAAAAUUGGUGUUUGCUAGUUCUUCCAUAAAAAUUGGACAUAUUCUUAUUCAAACCUUUUUUUUUUUUACAUAAAAAAACUAAACUUUUAGCUAAUACUCUGAAUGAUGAAGUUCAUGUUUAUUUUACUUUUUUUUAUAAGAAGAGGUUUAGUAUUUACUUUGCCUUUAAAUGCAUUUGAAAAAAAAAUAAAUUUGUAUUUCACCUGCAAACAAAAAAAAAAAAAAAAAGAAAUGCUCAUUUUAUUUGGAAGUGAGCUAAUUGUGAAAGACAUUUUUUGGAGGCCUGCUUAAUUUUUAAAAAAAUCUGCAUUGGAGCCAGUUACUUUUUUUUUUUAAAUAAGAUUUCCAUUAAUUAAGAAUAUUGCAAUUAGUAGUUCUAAUUUGUCCUACAAUUGUCUUCUUUAGAAGGUGACUAAAUAUAGUUCUGAACUAAAUAUUAUAUGAUGUUUUGUAACACACUUUAAGGAAAAUGUGGCCCAUUGCCAACGAUUGAAAUGUGACUUCAUUCAAUAAAUAGAUUGGCUUUAAGCCACAUUUUUGCUGGCUUCAUGUCAACUAAAGAUCUUUUCCAAAGAAAUAUAACAAACUUUAUUUGGCUAAUCUCUAUUUUAAAAUGCAUGUCAAUGUCUUGUCUAGCUUGUUAAUGUUUCUCUUAUUUGAAAAUUAUUUAUUAUGUUUCUUUGUUCAAUUUCUUAUAUGUAUUUAUUUUCUUGAAAUGAACUGAGGAAAAUUGUAAAUUAUCUGGUGAAAAACCUUAUGAUGUUUUCUUAUUUACUUUUGUAAUUUGUUUUUGCAUCUGCAUUUCUUAUCAUCUAUUGUUAAAUUUGCAAUUUCUGCUGUAAUUUUGUUUUAUAUUGAUUAACCUGCAAACAUCUUUGUGGCAAAAUAUGCAGAUUGCAACUGGGUCAGUGUUUUCACAUGAAAUAUGCACUCAUCCUUAAUCUUCAGACCUGAAGACAAUGCCUUAUUAUAUAUUAACUGAGUGUUUACUUUACUAUUAGGCCAAACCUCAUUAUGUAGAUUUUCAUUUGGCCACUUUAAUUAGCCUAAAAAAUUAUGAGUCAUAAAGUUUGUGAGUUUUUUAGAUUGGUAAAAUAGCACUAAAGUAGUUUUGACAUAUAUGUUGGGUUUGAAAUAAUCAGAUGUAAAAAUAAAAUAAAUGAAUGUAUCGAUUUUCAUUUGGCCACUUUAAUUAGCCUAAAAAAUUAUGAGUCAUAAACUUUUUGAGUUUGUUUUUUUUAAAUAGUUAAAAUAGCACUAAAGUAGUUUUGGCCAUAUAUGCUGGGUUUGAAAUAAUCACUUGUAAAGAAAAAAUUGAAUAUAGUGGGGUUGGACUGUCUGUGUGCUACACAUGCUAGUACAUUGUCAAUACAUUUAGAAUUUGUUUUGUAGUUGUUGCCUAAUCUUCAAAGUCUAAAAUAUCACUGGUAAUCCUAUUGUGACAAAAAUGGGAAUAAAUAUUGUUAUGAAGAAUGAUUUCCCUUUACAUUGGGUAUUUAAGACCCUGUAGACUUUGUUUAAUUAAUGCUAUUUCCUGUGAAGUAACCAAUGGACAUAAAAUUUUCAAGCAUUAAAAUUUGGCUUUUGAUUUCUACCUCGUUAUUAUAUUCUUGUUGUCACCGCCUCUUCAUUUUAAAUUUCUUCUUUCUGUAGAUUUCUCUUCUCUCUCCUCCCUUCUACCAUUUCUCUCUUUGUUUUGCGGAUGAGUUAAGCAAUCUCUUCUUCUAGUUCCUUCUUU